AUGGCGUCGCCUACCAACACCGUGGCCGGGCUCAACGCCCUUCUUCACGGGCUGUCCUUGGAUCCCAUGCCGAAAAGUGCCUCACCUAUUGCGCUGACGAGACCCGUCGAGAUCUGGCGAUCUUACCUCGCUGAAUUUCUCUCCAAGUUGAGCAUUCUCAACCGUGAUGCUACCACCAUCCAAGAGGCCAUUGCCUCAACGACCGAAACCUCGCUCGGGGACUUGACGCUUAUACUUCCACGGCUCAAGCUCAAGGACGUCGACAACAAGGCUUUGAACAGGUUGGCAUUUUCUGUAGCAGCGCAGUUGCCCUUCUCAUCCUUGUUCUUGGCACCAAGGGUAGAUGACAUUCAACUUCGAAUGACAUUUUCCCCUGACACGCUGCCGCGACUUCUUCUGCCAUACAUUGCUGAUCGCAAAUCAUCGUAUGGAUUCGACCUUUCGCAAGGGCUUCUGGACCCAAAGGAGCCCAAGAAAGGCAAAAAGAAGAUCAUCAUCGAGUUUUCCUCCCCAAACGUGGCCACUGGCUUCAACGGCAACAAUCUCAGAAGCACACUGUUAGGCGACUUCAUCGCCAAUUUGUACGAGGCUAUGGGAUGGGAGGUUGUGCGCCUUAACUACCUCGCCGACUGGGGUAAGCAUGUUAGCUUGCUUACCGUAGGCUACAAGAGAUUUGGUUCCGAAAAGAAGCUUCAACAAGAGAGGUCGAUCUAUCUUCUGGACGUCUACGCGCAGAUGAAUGGAUUAUUCAAGCCGGUGCAAGACCCAAAAGGCAAAGCCAAGCAAGGCGAAACAUGCGUUUCCCCAGUGGAGGACAAGACGAUUGCUUCAGAAAGAGACGAGAUCUUCAAGAAAAUGGAGAAUGGCGACAAUGAGGCUCUGAAGCUAUCCAGUCAAUUCAGGGACAUUACUAUCGAGGACCUCAAGGUCGAGUACCAGCGCCUUGGUAUCACCUUUGAUGAAUACUCGGGUGAAUCACAAGUUCGGCCUGCAACAAUCACCGAAGUCGAGAACACUCUGAAUGAGAAAGGAAUUCUUACAGAGAGUAACGGGUCGUGGGUCAUAGAUUGGGCCAAGCACACCGGCAAGAAAGGUUUCAGCACACAAGUCAUCCGUGGACGCGACGGUGCUACACGAUAUCCCCUCCGUGAUGUGGCCGCGGCGCUUGAGCGGGAGGAGAAGUUCGCCUUUGACAAGAUGAUAUACGUGGCCUCCUCCGCCCAAGACAGCCACUUCCAACAGGUCUUGGCGGCUCUCGAGCUCAUGGGAAGAUCGGAUCUCAGUGAAAAGUUGCAACAUAUCAGCUUCGGUGCCAUGCAGGGGCUUGAGGCAAAUUCACUACGGGAGAUUCUCGAUAACUGUGAGGCCAGAAUGCGAGACGCCAUGAACAUGGAGCACGAUGAUGAUGAUGUCGAUGGCAGUGCAGCCGAGAGGAUUACAAACAACGCCAUGGUCGGAGCCUUGCUUGCUCAGGAAAUGUCCAAGAAGAAGAGCCACGGCUACACCUUUGAGCUCAAGAAGUUGACGUCAUUCAGCUCUCAUUCCGGUCCCAUGCUUCAAGGAUGCCACACAAGACUCAUGACCUUGAUCAACGAAUUGAGGGCUGAAGGUGUCGAAGGCUCCGAAAUAGACUACGCGGCAUUGAGGGAUCCUGAUUGUGCAAACUUGCUGCGCGUCAUGGCCCAGUUCCCUGACGUCGUCGCAGCGACAUACAAGUCCACAGAGCCACAUUCACUGCUCGGCUACUUGUACAGGCUGAUGGACUCGCUGUCCCUGGUUGUGCCUCAUCCUGAUGAAGACGACGAUGAAGAUGAACGGGGGAGUGUACGGACGUUACAGCAGGAAAGCAGUCAAGGGGAGAAGAAGGCUCGCCUGGUGCUCUAUCAGAAUGCGCGACAGGUGCUGGAGAAUGGGAUGAAACUACUUGGAUUUCCGCUUGAUUUACAGGAUAUUGCUGUGGACUUUAGUAGCGAUAGUGCCCGGCUAUAA